AUGUUGAGCAGAGAAGUUGGGGAUUUGCGUGAGCGGAUGAGAAACUUGGAGCAAUACUCGAGGGUGAAUAAUAUCGAGAUCAGCGGUGUACCAGUAACAAGGAACGAGGAUAUCAGCGUGUUAGUUGCGGACGUCGGAGCAGCAAUAGGAGUAGAAGUCCAGGAGAUGGACAUAGCCGCCGCGCACCGUGUGCCUUCCUUCAGAAAAGACCGGGAGCCGUCUGUCAUCGUGCAGUUCAAGACGAGAGGCACUAAGGAGCAGUGGAUUGAAAAGUCAAGGCAAAAGAAGAAUUUGACGGCUAGAGAUGUCAAUCAGCACUUCCCUGUUCAGCGAAUCUUCAUCAACGACCAUCUCUCGCCGGAGAACAAACAGUUCCUCGCGAGACUCAAACAGAAGGGACGGGAGCUCAGCUACAAGUUCGUAUGGUGCCGCGACGGCAAGUUUUUUAUUCGGAAAAGUGAGGGAGAACCGGUGAAGAAAAUAAACUCUUAUGCAGAUAUGGACUCACUCAAAUAA